AUGUCGCUUCACACCUUGUACGAUGAAGAGCUCCUCAUGGUAGAGGGGAGAGACAAGCGCACACCAAUCAUCCCUGAUGCCAAGUGGUCAUCAUAUCUGAAUCAUUCCAUGUCACCUCCAUUACCACCACCUCCAUCACCACCACCUCCAUCACCACCACCUCCAUCACCACCACCUCCAUCACCACCACCUCCACCAUCAUCAUCACCACCAUCUCCACCACCACCAUCACCACCACCACCUCCAUCACCACCACCUCCAUCACCACCACCUCCACCAUCAUCAUCACCACCAUCUCCACCACCACCAUCACCACCACCACCACCACCACCACCUCCAUCACCACCACCACUACCUGCAUCACCACCACCACCACCACCUCCAUCACCACCACCACUACCUGCAUCACCACCACCACCACCACCACCUCCAUCACCACCACCACCUCUAUCACCACCACCUCCAUCACCACCACCACCACCUGCAUCACCACCACCACCACCACCUCCAUCACCACCACCACCACCACCACCACCACCACCACCACCACCACCUCCAUCACCACCACCUCCACCAUCAUCAUCACCAUCAUCUCCACCACCACCAUCACCACCACCACCACCACCACCACCUCUAUCACCACCACCUCCAUCACCACCACCACCACCACCACCUGCAUCACCACCACCACCACCACCACCUCCAUCACCACCACCACCACCACCACCACCACCACCACCUCCAUCACCACCACCUCCACCAUCAUCAUCACCAUCAUCUCCACCACCACCAUCACCACCACCACCACCUCCAUCACCACCACCACUACCUGCAUUACCACCACCACCACCACCUCCAUCACCACCACCACCACCUCAAUCACCACCACCACCACCUCCAUCACCACCACCACCACCUCCAUCACCUCCAUCACCUCCAUCACCACCACCACUACCUGCAUCACCACCACCACCACCACCUCCACCACCACCACCUCCAUCACCACCACCUCCAUCACCACCACUACCACCUGCAUCACCACCACCUCCAUCACCACCUUCAUCACCACCACCACCACCUCCAUCACCACCACCACCACCACCACCACCACCACUACCUGCAUCACCACCACCACUACCACCACCACCUCCAUCACCACCACCUCCAUCACCACCACCUCCAUCACCACCACCACCACCACCUCCAUCACCACCUCCAUCACCACCACCACCACCUCCACCACCACCACCUCCAUCACCACCACCACCACCUCCAUCACCACCACCUCCACCACCACCACCACCACCUCCAUCACUACCACCACCACCUCCAUCACCACCACCACCACCUCCAUCACCACCACCUCCAUCACCACCACCACCUCCAUCACCACCACCACCACCACCUCCAUCACCACCACCUCCAUCACCACCACCACCUCCAUCACCACCACCACCUCCAUCACCACUACCUCCAUCACCACCACCACUACCUGCAUUACCACCACCACCACCUCCAUCACCACCACCACCACCACCACCACCUCCUUCACCACCACCUCCACCAUCAUCAUCACCACCAUCUCCACCACCACCAUCACCACCACCACCACCACCUCCAUCACCACCACCACCACCACCACCACCACCUCCUUCACCACCACCUCCACCAUCAUCAUCACCACCAUCUCCACCACCACCAUCACCACCACCACCACCACCUCCAUCACCACCACCACUACCUGCAUCACCACCACCUCCACCACAACUACCUCCAUCACCACCACCUCCAUCACCACCACCACUACCUGUAUCACCACCACCACCACCACCACCUCCAUCACCAUCAGCACCACCACCUCCAUCACCACCACCUCCAUCACCACCACCUCCAUCACCACCACCUCCAUCACCA